AAGAUGCCUUCUCCUGAAGAUAUCUCGUCUUUGAAGGAGAAAAUUCAGAUACUCGAACAUGAAAUUCCCUCUGCACCAACCCGUGAUGCCGCACUCAACAUGGCCUUCAAGGCCGUCGAACAUGCCAUGGAGGCCAUGAAGAUAUCAAACAACCUGGAGACACAAAAGUUCAUGAGGAAGAAGAGCGAGUUUUUCCUCGACGAAGCACAACGCAUCAAAUCUGUCAGCGACUGGAAACCUCAACUCGAGAUCGAUGUCGAUAGAGUCGUCAUACUCGUCGAGCCGAAAUCAGAUCGUAAACUGCCCACAUCAGAGCAGAUUUUACUUCUGAAAGCUUCUCAACUCAAUGGCUUCAAAUUUCCUCCAUGGACCAAUGCACCUCAAGACUCAGACUUUGGGCUCUCGACCGACCAAGAGCAUUUCACUGACGAGCCUAAGCUGCGCCUUUCUGCUGCACAGCUCGAAGUCUUCGAUGAUUGGAAGCGUGCAGAUGAGGCUCUUCCGCCGCCGGCAUGGUAUACACCUGAGGAAAGACGAGCAGGCCCCACUAUGAGCUCUUCGCGUACCAUUGAUCUCGUUCAAGAUGCUGCGACCGACUGUUCAGUAGUUGCGAGUCUUUGUGCCCUGGUUGCCAGAGGUGAGAGGGGUCAUGCNAAAGGCUCCAUGAUGUAUCCCUAUGACCUAGUCCAAGGACGUCCCAAAUUGUCUCCCAAUGGCAAAUACACUUUGAAGCUCAACUUCAACGGAACCCACAGAAGGGUCGAGAUCGAUGAUUUUCUCCCUGUAUCGAAAUCAUCGAGAGUCUUGCAUGUCAUUGAUCGUCACAAUCCGAGCCUCCUAUGGCCUGCACUAAUCGAAAAGGCAUAUCUCAAAGUCAGAGGUAGCUACGACUUCCCCGGUAGCAACUCAGGAACGGAUCUCUGGAUCCUAAGCGGAUGGAUCCCAGAGCAGAUCUUUUUGCAAAGUGACGAUACCAUCCCCAACAACAUCUGGAAGCGGAUCUUCAAGUCACACCAGUACGGCGACGUCUUGAUAACUAUGGGCACUGGCAAGAUCUCGACACGCACCGAACGCGCGAUCGGUCUUGCAGGAGAGCACGACUAUGCUGUGCUAGACAUGAGAGAAGUUGACGGACAGAAGCUGAUGCUCGUCAAGAACCCCUGGUGCGAAGGCAUGUCAUGGCGAGGAAGCAUUCCCAGGUCUCCUGUUGAUGAUGAAGAUGAUGAGGACGAAGAAGUCCUCCCCUCAUCACGAGAUCUGUUGAACCAAGACGACAAGCUGACGCCCGGAACCUUUUGGAUGGACUUGAACAGUGUGAUGCAGUACUUUGAGUCCAUCUACCUGAACUGGAAUCCAGGACUCUUCCGCUAUCGUCAGGAUAUCCAUUUCGCCUGGGAUUUAUCGGCAUCAUCAUCAAGCAGCAAGUAUAAAAGCUUCAGCAGCAACCAGCAAUUUUGUGUAUCUACGGCAGCUUCAAGUGCUGCAUGGUUUCUACUCAGCCGUCAUUUCAAAGACGGGAAAGAAAAUGUCCAUCCUUCAGAAUACAUCAGCAUGUAUGUCUUUGACAACAAUGGCGCAAAAGUUUACCUGAGCGAUGGAGCGGUGCAACGCGGGCCCUUCGUGGACUCUCCACAGACUCUGGUUCGACUGGACAAUCUGGAAGCAAACAAGAAGUACACAAUUGUCCCAGUCGAGCAAGACCUCGGACCAACCACCCACUCUUUCACCCUAUCUGUGUUUGCAAAUGCACGCAUCACCAUUGUCGAAGCGCCCAACAAGUAUCCCUGUCAUAAGGCCAUCACCGCGGCAUGGACGGAAGAGACUGCAGGCGGCAAUGCCCACUCGCCAACAUACUCGCAGAACCCACAAUUCAGUAUUGUUGUUCCCGUCAAAACACCGAUCGCAUUACUUCUCGAAACAGCAAUGGAGCAACUGCACGUUCACGUGAAGCUGGUGCAUGGUCGAGGCUCUCGAAUCCAAGCAGUGCGAUCCAAGGACAUUGUAUUUGACUCGAAAGACUAUCGUCGUGGAUGCGCUCUAGCACAAUAUGCAGAGCUCGAAGCAGGAACUUACACGAUCAUCUGCUCUACGUUCGAAGCUGGUCAGAAAGGAAACUUCAAGCUGCGAGUCGAUAGUAUGGUGGCUACACAACUCUCCAUGCUCCCGCGGCAAGGCGCAGGACGACUGAGACGCGCUUGGGCCAAGGCGACUUUUGAAGGACAGCAACGCACGUUAGCAGCACCAAUCGCACCUAGACGUCUCACCAAACUCGAUGUGUUCGUCAAACAAGUCCAGCAGAUUGGGCUUCGGAAGACUGCGAAGACGGGCCAGAGCAGGGAAAGAAGCAUGAUUCGUGUUACACUGGAAGUUGGUACAGGCCCUGAGAGACGAAUCUUGAUCGCCAGCUCCAACGGGGAGUAUAGCGAUUCAUCCGCUGGAGUACGAACAGGCGAGAUUGAUCUAUCUCCUCAAGAGAUGGGCAAGGUGUGGCUGGUAAUCGAACGAAUGUUUACGCCCAGGGAUUCGCAGGGGGAGAUGUUCGAGAUUGAGACAUUCACGGAUGCGCCUGACACGGUCGACAUAGGAGUCUGGAGGAGGUGGGAGGUCGACUGA